CUCGCAAGGGCAGCCGCGACGGGGCGCGUUUCCCUCGCGCUCCGCCGGCCACGCGAGGCGGACGCCGCCGCCGUUGUCGUCGUCCUCCCCCUAACCGGGCUCCCUCCCCUCACCCCCAGCCGCCCCACCACCACCGCUCUCCCCUCCCUCAAGCGCCCCUUCUUCCCCAGCCGGAGCCCGACGGCUGCCGGCGUUCCUUCGGCCGGGGCGCGCGGCGGGGAAAGGGCGCGCGGCGCGGCUGGAGCGCGCGGAGUUUCGGCUGAGGCGAACGGAGGUGGCCGGUUGCCCGGAGGUGGGACGGCCGAAAAGGCGGGCGAGGAGGGGAAGGAAGCUCCUCGCUCGCCGCCGCCUCCUCUGCCUCCCUUUAAAGGACAACUUUGCGAGCGAACCGCUGGGCGCCCUGGCCCCGGGGAGGCGCGAGGAGCCGCGGCGAAGGCGGAGGAACAGGCGGCCGGGGGUGGGUCGCUUCCUCCGCCUCCUCCUCCUCCUCGGAGUUUGGCGCUCCGUAUCCGGGAAGGAGCGAGCCCGGAACUGGGAGCCCCUGAGGAGACGCCGCCGCUGCCCUCGCAGUUCGCCUUCUCCCUCAGGCGGCGCCAUGCGGCGGCUCCGGCUGAGGGGCCCGUGUCCGGGCAGGGGCUGCGCGGUGGCGCUGGCGCUGCUGGCCGCCGUGGCCUUCUUCGCCGUGGCGCUGUCGCUGGCCAGCCUGCAGGCGCCCCCGGCCGGCGAGAGGCGCUCUCCUCGCGGGGAGAGGCGCUUCUCCGACGGGGCGGAGCGGCCCGAAGACCUGGCCCGCCCCGUCUACCAGAAGGCGCCGCCGGACCCUUCGGCCCCCGGGGAGUGGGGCAAGCCUGCCCACCUGCAGCUGAGCCCUGAGGAGAAGAAGGAGGAGGAGGCGCUGGUGGAGCAGUACGCCAUCAACGUCUUCCUCAGCCAGAAGAUCUCGCUGCACCGCCACAUCCAGGACGGGCGCAUGGCCGAGUGCAAGGCCAAGGCCUACCGCUACCGCCAGCUGCCCACCACCUCCGUGGUCAUCGCCUUCUACAACGAGGCCUGGUCCACCUUGCUGCGCACCGUCCACAGCGUCCUGGAGACCUCUCCGGCCGUCCUGCUGAAGGAGAUCAUCUUGGUGGACGACCUGAGCGACAAGGUCUACCUCAAAGGCCAGCUGGAGAAGUAUGUCAGCGGCCUGGAGAGGGUGCGCCUGAUCCGCACCAACAAGCGCGAAGGGCUGGUCCGGGCGCGCCUGAUCGGGGCCACUUUUGCCACCGGCGACGUCCUCACCUUCCUCGACUGCCACUGCGAGUGCGUCCCCGGCUGGCUGGAGCCGCUGCUGGAGAGGAUCGCCGAAAACAUGAGCACUGUGGUUUGCCCCGUCAUCGACACCAUCGACUGGAACACCUUCGAGUUCUACAUGCAGUCGGCCGAGCCCAUGAUCGGGGGCUUUGACUGGCGCCUGACCUUCCAGUGGCACUCGGUCCCCGACUAUGAGCGUCAGAGGCGCAAGUCCAAAAUUGACCCCAUCAGGUCGCCCACCAUGGCCGGGGGCCUCUUUGCCGUCAGCAAAAAGUACUUCGAAUACCUAGGCACCUACGACAUGGGGAUGGACGUCUGGGGAGGAGAGAACCUGGAGCUCUCCUUUCGGGUGUGGCAAUGCGGGGGCAUCUUGGAGAUCCACCCCUGUUCGCACGUGGGGCAUGUGUUUCCCAAGCGCGCUCCCUACGCCAGGCCCAACUUCCUCCAGAACACGGCGCGGGCGGCGGAAGUGUGGAUGGAUGGGUAUAAAGAGCACUUCUACAACAGGAAUCCCCCGGCACGGAAGGAGAACUACGGAGACAUCUCAGAAAGGAAGCUCUUGAGGCAGCGCCUGAAGUGCCAGAACUUCGACUGGUACCUGAAGAACAUAUUUCCGAACUUGCACGUGCCAGAGGACCGGCCUGGUUGGCACGGAGCCAUCCGCAGCGUGGGCAUCUCUUCCGAGUGCCUAGACUACAAUUCUCCCGAGCACAACCCGACUGGCGCCCACGUCAACCUCUUCGGGUGCCAUGGGCAAGGAGGGAACCAGUUCUUUGAGUACACAUCGAAUAAGGAAAUCCGGUUCAAUUCCGUGACAGAGCUCUGCGCCGAAGUUCCCGACCAGAAGGAUUUUGUGGGCAUGAGAAACUGCCCGAAAGACGGCUCCGCUAUCCCAGAAAACAUUGUGUGGCAUUUUAGAGAAGACGGGACCAUUUAUCACCCUCAUUCGGCAAAAUGCCUUAGCGCUUACCGCACUGCCGAGGGCCGGGCUGACGUGCAGAUGAGGACAUGCAACGCAGAGGAUAAAAACCAGUUGUGGAAGUUCGAAAAAUAGAAAUUGGUCUGGGAGUCUCUGUCCAAGACUACUUCCAGCUGACUUAGUGUGUAUUCCCACUAAGUCUGGCUUAGCGCGUCUUCCCAUUAACUGUUAAUGCCAGAUUUAGGUAGCUUCUAAAAGGGUUUUUAACAGGUUUGGGAAUGGCAGGGAAUGACUGUGAAGAAGCAGGGUGUUGGGGACUUGCCAUCUGAAGUGCCUUUUAUUCUAAGCUCCCAUUGGCGGGGGCUGAUGGGGGUCAUUGUCCAAUAUCUGGACGGGUGGAUCCUAAGGUGUUCACUUAAAAGGGAACAACUAUAAUUUGUGUGUGUGUGUGAUUGUAAUACUUUGGGAACAAGGUGGCCUUGGUUAGAACUGCAGAUUACUGAAGGUUUAUGUUAGGUGUUACUGUGACAAUGCGGGUGGGACGACUGAAAUCAGUACAAACGCAGCCACAGUACAGAUAAUAACGUUAAUACGAGUUAUGCCAUGGAAAGGGAAGCUGUGGUUCUCCAGGUGUUGGAUAGAUCAAAGCUCCCAUCAACUCUUGCCAUGUUGACAGGGGUCGCUGGGAGUUUUGGUCCAGCGACUACAGGACGGCCACAUGUUCCCCCAUGUCUGCGUUAACUGUAUGCAUAAUUCGUGGCUAAUGGGGUGGUUUGGCCAAGAAGUGGGAGAAACAUCACCCUUAGGGUGCUGCCUGAGUGUUGCACAUAGGAGUCUAGUUGAGUGUGUUGGGAGAAAAUAUUGCUUAACUUUUAGGGCAGCUUCCCAACUCCCGUCAGUGUGCUGGCUGGGGUUGAUGGGAGUUGUAGACAACCUGCAAGGCACCAGGUUAGCAGUGGCCCUGUCCAACGCCAAAAUUCCUCCCCCCCCUACCUCUUGUGCUCCAUUCUAAACAAUAGUUGUGGGGGCCCCAAGGCUGUGUGCCCUAAAUCCACCUCCGAGGUUAGAGAAGGCUGCAGAGUAGUAACAGGCCUGAAUUCAUGUCUCUGGUUCUUAAUGCACCUCAGAUAUAGAUAGAUAUAGAUAGAUGAUAGAUAGAUAGAUAGAUAGAUAGAUAUAGGCUUUGCUUUUCAUUAUUGAGAGCAGAGCAAGGAAUAAAUACAAUCUGCAUUGUGCAAGUGGCGAAAGCAAUCAUUUGUUAACUUAGGGAGGAGGUAAUCAAGUUGUAGCUGAGGUUAACAGUACAGUGGUACCUCAGGCUACAUACGCUUCAGGUUACACACUCCGCUAACCCAGAAAUAGUGCUUCAGGUUAAGAACUUUGCUUA